GCGAACGUAGCCAAUGGGCGGCUGAGGGGCGGUGUCGAGAGAGGAUUGUUUAUGUCCUGGGAGGGGAAACUUACCUCGCUCAGAACAGCAUGGCGCGACGCACGCGGAGCAGCAGGGCCUGGCACUUCGUCCUGAGCGGGGUGCGGCGUGAGGCGGACACCCGGGCGGUUGCUUUGGCCACCGGCGCGCGUGGCUGGGGCUACGACUCCGAUGGGCAGCACAGCGACUCGGAUUCAGAGCCAGAGUUUUCUUCCCUCUCGCCUUCCAUCCCGAGCGCCAUCCCUGUGACCGGAGAGUCCUACUGCAACUGUGAGAACCAGAGCGAAGCGCCCUACUGCUCCAGCCUGCACGCCCUCCACCGUGUCAAGGACUGCCAGUGUGGCGAGGAGGACGAGUAUUUCGACUGGGUGUGGGAUGACCUGAAUAAGUCAACGGCCACCCUGCUGACCUGUGACAACCGCAAGGUGAACUUCCACAUGGAGUACAGCUGCGGCACCGCCGCCAUCCGGGGGAACAAGGAGCUGGCAGACGGGCAGCACUUCUGGGAGAUCAAGAUGACCUCCCCGGUCUACGGCACAGACAUGAUGGUGGGAAUUGGGACGUCGGAUGUGAACCUGGACAAGUACCGCCACACCUUCUGCAGCCUGCUGGGCAAGGACGAGGACAGCUGGGGACUCUCCUACACCGGACUACUGCAUCACAAGGGAGACAAAACAAACUUCUCGUCGAGGUUUGGCCAAGGCUCCAUCAUCGGGGUGCAUCUGGACACGUGGCACGGGACGCUCACCUUCUUCAAAAACCGCAAGUGCAUCGGGGUUGCAGCUACGAAGCUGCAGAACAAGAAGUUUUACCCCAUGGUGUGCUCGACGGCGGCCAAGAGCAGCAUGAAGGUGAUCCGCUCCUGCGCCAGCUGCACGUCCCUCCAGUAUCUCUGCUGUUACCGCCUGCGCCAGCUCCUGCCCGACUACGUGGACACGCUGGAGGUGCUGCCCUUGCCACCGGGACUCAAGCAGGUGCUACACAACAAACUGGGGUGGGUCUUGAGCAUGAACUAUAGCACGUCGAAGCCUUCCUCCUCCUCCUCCUCCUCGGGAAGCGACUCGGACAGCUCCUGCGGCUCAGACGCAGAGGCCUGCCAAAGGAAGAGGUGCAGGAGGACGUAAUGUCGCUGCAGACGAACUGCUGUGAGGGAGCUGGGCGGGGUUUUGUUCCGCUGUCUGCGAGGGCCGGCCGGGCCCGAUGCACCUCUUCCCUCGCGGGGACUUCCAUUUCUACUCGUUGGGAAAGAUUUCUCUUACGCUGUCGGAAAUCUUGAGCCUAAGCAUCCGCCAGAUGCGUUGCAAAGACCUGUAGACUUAGAGAGGUCACGGCUCUGUGAAACAGGUGAAGUGCAGCCAAAUCUCUGAGCUUCAUCUCCUGACUUGCUAUCAGAGCCACCGCCUCUUCCCGAAGGGAAGAUUUUCCCCAGGGACAAGAUUUAAGGCGGCCUCCCACUUUCAAAGCGUACGAGACGCUCGUCACCUACCGGACUUGACUCCUCAAAAGAUGAAAUCAGAGACCAGUCCCCUCCUCCUCCCUGUCGUGUGUUGGUUUGGUACCUGCGAUGAACUCGUCACGCUGCGGGGCAC